UGUAUGAAUCUCUAGUUGUUUGACCUGUUGCUAUCCAAAACAAAUCUCCAUCUAGUCAUUCACACCGCAAAAUAUGCAUACAUAUACAUAUAUAGGAACAAGCAUUAUUUAUAUACAUUGGAAAGACUCUUAACUGAGAGACAAUCGAUCGAUCGGUAGAGGAUUUAGUACUGUUACUGCGGUUGACAUGGCGGCUCGGAGGUUAUCUUCGUUGAUGUCUCGUUCAUUCAAUUCGGUUUCUGCUUCUGCCCUGCUCUCCAAAGGGAAGAAUUCUGGCUUAAGCAGAAGAAUAUGCAGAUAUAGCACUGCCACUGAUAUUGAGGAACCAAUUAAUCCAAAUGUCAAUGUAAAUUAUACUCAGCUUUUAAUCAAUGGACAAUUUGUUGAUGCAGCAUCAGGGAAAACUUUUCCAACACUGGAUCCGAGGACAGGGGAUGUGAUUGCUCAAGUUGCUGAAGGGGAUUCUGAAGAUAUUGAUCGAGCAGUCUCUGCUGCUCGCAAGGCAUUUGAUGAAGGACCAUGGCCAAAGAUGUCAGCUUAUGAAAGGCAACGAGUACUUUUGCGUUUUGCUGAUCUAGUUGAAAAGCACAAUGAUGAACUCGCAGCUCUUGAGACCUGGGAUAAUGGAAAACCUUAUGAGCAGGCUGCUAAAAUAGAAUUACCAAUGAUCACACGUCUAAUACGUUACUAUGCAGGUUGGGCUGAUAAGAUUCACGGUCUCACGGUUCCAGCUGAUGGAUCAUAUCAUGUGCAAACCUUGCAUGAACCAAUUGGUGUUGCUGGUCAAAUUAUCCCAUGGAAUUUUCCACUUUUAAUGUUUGCUUGGAAAGUUGGGCCUGCAUUAGCUUGUGGCAACACCAUUGUUCUUAAAACUGCAGAACAGACUCCCUUGUCUGCUCUCUAUAUGUCAAAGUUAUUUCAUGAGGCUGGCCUUCCUGAAGGUGUUCUUAAUGUUAUUUCUGGCUUUGGUCCAACUGCUGGUGCAGCUCUUGCCAGUCAUAUGGAAGUGGAUAAGCUUGCUUUCACUGGAUCAACUGUUACAGGACAAAGAGUUCUUGAGCUGGCAGCAAAAAGCAAUCUCAAACCAGUUACUUUAGAGCUUGGAGGGAAAUCCCCCUUUAUAGUGUGCCAUGAUGCUGAUGUGGAUAAGGCUGUUGAGUUGGCACACUUGGCUUUAUUCUUUAAUCAGGGACAAUGCUGCUGUGCUGGCUCACGGACGUUUGUACAUGAGAGUGUAUACGAUGAGUUCGUUGAGAAAGCAAAGGCUUUGGCUAUGAAACGCACUGUUGGUGAUCCAUUUAAGCAGGGUAUUGAACAAGGUCCACAGAUUGAUUCAGAACAAUUUGAGAAGAUAAUGAAGUAUAUUAGAUCUGGUAUUGACAAUGGAGCAACCCUUGAGACCGGUGGUGAGAGAUUUGGCAACAAGGGCUUCUAUGUCAAGCCCACCGUCUUCUCAAAUGUUCAGGAUGACAUGUUGAUAGCAAAAGAUGAGAUAUUUGGUCCAGUUCAGUCCAUCUUGAAAUUCAAGGACCUUAAUGAAGUCAUACGUAGGGCAAAUGCGACUAACUAUGGCUUGGCUGCUGGGGUAUUUACCCAGGACAUAGACACUGCAAACACCCUGAUGCGUGCAUUGCGAGUUGGCACGGUAUGGAUAAAUUGCUUUGAUGUCUUUGAUGCUGCUAUUCCCUUUGGUGGGUACAAGAUGAGUGGAAUUGGCAGGGAAAAAGGCAUUUACAGUCUUAGCAAUUACUUGCAAGUGAAGGCUGUUGUCACUCCCUUGACAAAUCCAGCAUGGCUAUAGGGUUCUUCAUGACUCUUCCUUUUCAGUUCUUGAUUUGAAACAAUUUGAAACAAUUUUUCAUUGUCAUAAUAAUGGUCGUCUCCAUAGCUGAUUCUAUCAUUUUUGGCUAUGGAGUCCCAUAGCUUUACAACUUGGCUCUUGAUGAUCUUGCAACAGGGUUUUUCAUACUCAGACAAUAAGCUGCAUUCUAGUUCCUGGCAUUUUGAACCUAUCAAAUUUAAGAUGAAAUUAGGUG